GGCACAGUAGUAGACCCAGGAAGACAUCAGCAGCGCACAGGUAGACCAGGUGUUGCACAGGCAGACCAGGUGUUGUACAGGCAGAGCAGGUAUUACACAGGCAGAGCAGGUGUUGCACAGGCAGACCGGGUGUUGCACAGGCAGACCGGGUGUUGUACAGGCAGAGCAGGUGUUGUACAGGCAGACCAGGUGUUACACAGGUAGACACGGUAUCACCACCACCUCCCUCCGUCACCAUGCCUCUGCGCCUGGUGCCUCUGCUGCUGCUGCUGCUGUGUCUCUGCCUGGCGGUGCCGAGCAGAGUUCAGGCCGGCAGCCCCGACACCGCUGGGUUCAUGGUGAGACUCACCGUACCCGGACUUGACUACGGUCGGAGCGUGGCUGUUGGGAUCCUGGUUCAGAAGCUCCAUGGCAUCUCGAUCCCGGACCAGAGCGGCUCUUCUGGCGAGAUCCACUACACCCUGUCCGGGAUGCACAUCACCGACUUCACAAUGCCCAGCACGGCGCUGGGUUUCGUUCCGGGCUCGGGGCUCAAGUUCAGCUUCAGCGGAGCGUCGGUGUCGCUGUCCGGGGAUUGGCAUUACAAGGCGCUGUUCGUGAAGGACAGCGGCUCGUUUGACAUGCGCAUGAGCGGGCUGUCGCUGUCCGCCGUGCUGGUGCUGUCCCGCGAUGCCGUGGGGAGGCCGUCGGUCAGCGCCGGUGGCUGCAGCAGUGAGGUCGGCGACGUCGACAUCAAGUUCCACGGCGGGGCCAGCUGGCUGUACAACCUCUUCAAACACCUAAUCGAGAAUAACAUACGAGAUCACCUGAAGGGUCAGCUGUGUGGUCAGGUGACCGAAGCGAUCAACAGCGACCUGGAGAACAGCCUGCAGGAGAUCCCAAUCACUGCCAAGGUGGACGAAUUCACAGAGGUCGACUACUCGCUCCUGAGUCCUCCCGACACCCGCGCAGACAUGCUGGACAUGCCCUGCAAGGGUGAGUUCUACAGCCUGCAGCACCACUCCGAGUUCCCUGUCCCUGCGCCCCCCAUGGAUCUGGGCACCUCUGCUGACCGCAUGCUCUACUUCGGCCUAUCCGAGUUCCUCUUCAACAGCGCCGGCUACGCGUACCAAGCCUCCGGUGCCCUCACCUACAUCAUCACUGAGGCCAUGCUGCCGAAGGACGCCCCCUUCCACCUCAACACCUCCAGCCUGGCGCCCAUCGCUGUGAAGCUCAAGGACUUCCCGGGGCUGCCUGUGGAGGUGAGGGUCGAGUCGAGCGCCGCGCCCACGCUCUCCAUCUCCGCCGGCAACGUCACGCUGCACACGCAGGCCCUCGCCACCUUCAGCGCCCUGUGGCCCAACGGCACGCGCAGCUUCCUCUUCUCCAUCAACGCCAGCGCCUCGCUUGCUGCCAGGCUGGAGAUCGACGCUGACAAGCUGCACGGGACGCUCGCGCUGGACAGCUUGGUCCUGACGCUGGUGAAGUCGGAUGUGGGAGACGUGCACGUCAAUUUGCUGCAGUCGAUCAUCAAAUUCAUCACUAAAACGAUUAUCCUGCCCAAAGUGAACGAGAGGCUGAGCCAGGGAAUCCCCAUGCCGCUUCUGAAGAAAGUGAAGAUCGUGAACGCCGUGCUGCUCAACAAGGAGGGGUUCACCGUGGUGGGGAUGGAUCUGCGCUACUCGCCGUGACGUCGGGGGCCGCGCAGCCACGGAGAGAGGGGGCGGGGGGAGGGGCCUUGGCUGCCCUUCCGGGGGCGCGUGGGUGCUACACGGUGGACGCCACACACACAGACACACACACACAGACACACACACAGACACACACUCUCUUGUUAUGAGUUGUAUUGUUCCGAUUGUUUACCCGGGAAAGCAUCGCCCAGUCUCGUGACUCUUUUUCAAGAGGGUCCUGCCAAGCUUGCAGAGUGGGUGGUAGUGGUGGGAACAAUGAUUGCUGCUGCGUUUAAUCCCCAAUGAGUCAUGUGCAGUGUAAUCUUUCACAUGUUCACCGUGACACUGGCACACAGCGGCCUCCUCUUGUCAAUGAUGCCACGGGAACUUUUAACGUCCACCGUGAAUCUGACGGCGCGUGGUAGUACUAGUAGAGCCAUGAGGGUUGUUACACCCCAAGUAUUAACCGGGACGGCCGCUGGACCCGAACCGCCUACACUAAAAGUCGAAGUGAGUUUGAUUUGCUGCCCAAACGACUGAGGCAGUGCAGGCAAAUUCCACAUUCCAAUGGCAGGGGGCGAGUCUAUCCAAAGGACCGUUGUUGCCCUCCCCACAAAGUGGUACCCUGUUUAUCGACCCUCGAGAGAUGAUGGGAUGAGUCAAAUCCACCCCCCCCCCGACCCCCGCCAACCAGGAUAUGACCUCUCAACCUUCCGAUGACGAGCCGCUCGCUCGACAGCUGAGCCACCAGGCCCACGGGGAGUCGAGAAUUGUUCUCAACAAUUACAGCAGCCUGGGGGUUGGCGAGUUCCACUCAUGGCGGGGGCAGUUGUCAGCCUCAAGAUCUGCGUUGCCUGAAGCCUCCUGCUCAAUAUACACACAGACAGACACCACCUCCAUCACGGGGCUGCUCGUUCAUCGAUUGGCCAAACAUCGCAAUGCAGCAGCAGGGAUCCCCUGGUGGGUGAAGCCUUUCCUGGGUGAAUAAAGGGUGAAUGAAGGGUGAGUGAGGGGUGAGUGAAUGGUGAAUGAAGGGUGAGUGAAGGGUGAGUAAAGGGUGAAUGAAGGGUGAGUGAGGGGUGAGUGAAUGGUGAAUAAAUGGUGAAUAAAGGGUGAGUAAAGGGUGAAUGAAGGGUGAGUGAGGGGUGAGUGGUGAAUAAAGGGUGAAUGAAGGGUGAGUAAAUGGUGAGUGAGGGGUGAGUAAAUGGUGAAUGAAGGGUGAGUGAAGGGUGAGUAAAUGGUGAAUGAAGGGUGAGUGAAGGGUGAAUGAAUGGAGAAUGAAGGGUGAGUGAAGGGUGAGUAAAUGGUGAAUGAAGGGUGAGUGAAGGGUGAGUAAAUGGUGAAUGAAGGGUGAGUGAAGGGUGAGUAAAGGGUGAAUGAAGGGUGAGUGAAGGGUGAGUAAAUGGUGAAUGAAUGGAGAAUGAAGGGUGAGUGAAUGGUGAGUAAAGGGUGAGUGAGGGGUGAGUAAAUGGUGAGUGAAGGGUGAGUGGAGGGUGAGUGAAGGGCACGCUCGCGGUAACAUUGGGUGAGGGCAAGAGACGUGAACAAAAUGAAAGUAAAAACAAAAUCACGAAUCCCCCCGCUGGUGUCUGUAUACCAUGGCGCUUUGUAAAUCCCUCCCCAGGGAGGCCUCCUCUGUGUGCAAGGCUGAGUCUGCAGGGGGGCAGCUUCGUCUGGAAGCGCGGAUUCUAACAGCCCAAGACGCGCACUGAGCCGCUCGUUUUCACAUCUCGCUUUGUCAACUCCACGGCAAAAUCGUCGCCGGGAGAUUUUUUUGUUGUACCUUUUGAUAAACACAAAUUGCCACCAA